AUGAACCCCACGCCGGUAUCCAUUCAAGGCCUCUUCGCAUCUGGUACCCCGACAUCUUGCUUCGUAUACACAGAUGGCAGCAGAAGAUGCGGCUACGCCAUACCCCAACGAAAUCUUGAAUUGGCAAGAGGAAUCUGGAAUGCCAUGGCAGCUGGAGCAAAUGCCACCUGGGUCAACGAGGAGAUAGAAAAGCUUGCUGCUUAUUGUCUGUGCAAAAGACGGCACCAAGAUCUCAGAACAGAGACCGCAAACACCUGGAGGACGCAGUAUCUUGCCUUGAGCCAUGCGUAUCGCCAGGAGGCAGCAGCAGGGCUUCAUACCGUUCCCUUACCCGACACAACGACAGCGACUACCCUGGCUGACGAGAUCAAGACUGAUAUGUACAAUCUGUUUAAUCGUCACCAGCAGGAAUACGAAGACGUUACACAAUCUUUUGCGAGGAAGAAGUCACAGCCUGACGUGGAAAUGAGUGAUGCAUUCUGA